AACAUGGCUUUCGUGUUCUGUACUUUUUACUUUGGUUUGAGCAUAGAGAAAGGUCUCUGGGUUUGAGCUUUGAGCUAGAGUUUGUCUCUGGUUUGAGCACAGAAAGUUUGAGAGUUUGACAAAUAUGUUGAAAAUUACAAAAUUAAUUGUUUAUUUUCCAUGAGUAAAGGUUCACAAGUCUAUAUUAUUCUACAGAAAUAGUUAUUGAAUCUGCUAUCAUGUCUCUGAGUUCGAGUAUAGCGAAUUUAUCAGCAGAUUCUCCUAACUACGAUGGCUCAACUAAUAUGUGUUUAGAGCUUGCACUAGAAGGAGAGCGUCUUUGUAAAUCAGGAGAUUGUCGUGCUGGAGUAGCUUUCUUUCAAGCAGCCAUCCAAGCUGGAACGGAUGACCUCAGAACUUUGAGUGCCAUAUAUAGUCAACUUGGAAAUGCUUAUUUCUACCUUGGUGAUUAUGGAAAAGCAAUGCAAUAUCAUAAACAUGAUUUAACUCUUGCCAGGACUAUGGGCGAUAAACUUGGAGAAGCUAAAUCAUCCGGCAAUCUGGGAAAUACGCUAAAAGUAAUGGGUCGUUUCGAUGAAGCCGUCAUAUGCUGUAAGCGCCAUUUAGAGUUAUCUAGGCAACUGAACGAUAAACUUAGUGAAGGGAGAGCUCUCUAUAAUUUGGGGAAUGUUUAUCAUGCGAAAGGAAAACAUAUUGGCAGAGUCGGACAGAAGGAUCCUGGAGAAUUUUCAGAGGAUGUGAAGUCUUGUCUCCAUCAGGCAGUGGAAUAUUACGAAGAUAAUCUCAAAUUAAUGCGUGAGUUAGAAGAUGUUGCUGCACAAGGAAGAGCCUGUGGAAAUUUAGGAAAUACAUUUUAUCUUCUGGGCGACUUUGCACAAGCUAUAUUAUAUCACAAGGAGAGAUUAGCCAUCGCUCGACAAUUCGGAGAUAAAGCUGCAGAACGCCGAGCUCACAGCAAUCUUGGUAAUUCACAUAUAUUUAUGGGACAAUUUGAGGAAGCAGCUCAUCAUUAUAAAAGAACUCUAGCAUUGGCACAGGAACUUGGAGACAAUGCAGUGGAAGCACAAGCUUGCUACAGCUUAGGCAAUACUUACACGCUACUCAGGGACUACGAGACUGCCAUAGAGUAUCACUUAAGACAUUUACUGAUUGCACAGAAUUUGUAUGAUAGAGUUGGCGAGGCAAGAGCUUGUUGGUCCCUUGGAAACGCGAAUGCCUCUUUGGGAAAUCAUGAAAAAGCUCUACACUUUGCAUCCAAACAUCUGGAAAUAAGUAAAGAGCUUGACGAUCCUGUUGGUGAAGCGACUGCAAAACUAAAUAUAGCUGAUCUGAAAAAGAUUUUGAAUCUAAAUGAAACAACAUCGGAGGCAGCUAGCAGUUCCUGUACAACCACUUCUAGUUCUUCCAACAGUUCAUUAAAAGACGCACAAAACAACAACUCGACUCACAGGGCUAAACAAAGGGUGAGACGCGAUAGCAUGGAACAGCUUAGCCUAAUCAAGCUUACCCCCGAUGCCAAAGAGAAAAGCAGCAUCUCUGGUAAUAUCCAAAAAACCAUGGCACCCUCUAAGCAUGAAGAUGACGAUACCUUCUUCGAUUUACUGUCGAAGUUUCAGUCGAAGAGGAUGGACGAUCAACGAUGUACGUUAACAGUGAAUAACAAAGAGAACACGAACCAAGUGGCAAAUGCGAAUCGUCAGCAAGGCAGGAAGAACGGCUCAGACGAUUUGAUUGACUUGAUCGCAGGAAUGCAGAGCAAGAGAAUGGAUGAACAGAGGGUAGAACUGCCACACUUGCCAGGUCUUCAGGCUAGCUCUCUUCAAAGAUUGGCGAAUUCAAGGAAUAACAGUAUUCCUGACGAUACAUUUUUGGAUCAAUUGGUGAGGUGUCAAGAUAACCGUCUUGAAGAUCAACGCUCCCAAUUGCCAGCUCCUAUUGUAGACAAUGAAGAAAACGAUAACCCAGUACCUCAACAAAAGAGUGGCGCAACCGUCCCAGAUGAAGAUUUCUUCUCAUUGAUUAUGCGAAUUCAAGGUGGAAGAAUGGAUGACCAAAGAGCUUCUGUUCCGCAUGUUAAUCAAAGGUGUUCUGGGAUACCACUUGCCUGCUUGAUUGUAGUCGGACAGUCCCGGUUGGUGGCAAUAAAGAACUGCACAGAACAAAAAAAAUUGUACGGAGCAGACACUUUCCAAUAUUGCCAGGCCAGGUUAGAUAUAUCGGUUGUGGUGAAACGGAUUCAUCAGGAUGUUAACGGGGUCAUAAACAACGGGUGAGAUCACUUUCAUAACGGUAUGCGGAUCAGAGAAUUUUGGAGCCAACUUGGCUGCAAAGCUAACAACAGCGGAUGACAAGGGAUUAGCACGGCGCAGGACUCUAUCACCGACAUGAAAACGAACUCAUAUACCUCCUGAAGAUGACG